CUUGGCAGGUAUUUUUACAGAAUAAUUUUGUGUUGAUGGGAAUAGGGGGGAAGCAAGAAACUGGUUUCGAUAAACCAGCAGUCAUAUAGAGGGCACCUAAAAAAGAAGUUAACAGCCCACAAGCUUCGACAUUUUUGAGUCGACCGUGAGUUCAGUGGAUCAUCUGAAGGGAAUAAGGUCUAGGCCAUAUAUCAGAAAUAAAUGUGUGACAUGGAGAAGUCAGUGCAAGGCGGGAUGGGAGGAUCCCCCAAGAACCUCUCUCAAAGCAUGGAUUCUGUCAAUACCGUCGUUGGAGAGGAAGAGGUCCGAACCCUGUUCGUGAGUGGGUUGCCUUUGGAUGUGAAACCCCGAGAGCUGUACCUCCUCUUCAGGGCCUAUGAGCCGGUCGGCUUCGUCACUUUCAGUACAAGGGCAGGAGCCGAGGCUGCUAUGCAGGAUUUGCAUGGAGUGAAGUUUGACCCAGAGGCACCGCCGAACCAGAACAUCCGAUUGGAGUUCGCCAAGAGCAACACGAAAGUCAGUAAGCCGAAGGGGCAGAGUCCUCCAAUUGCUGCUCAGCCCCCACACACUGCACUCCUGCACCCAUUCACGGGCCGGGUGAAUCUUACAUCACUCUCCAUGCUACAAUCCCAUGAUGCCAAGAGCCAGGUGGGAAUAGAGGCAUCGCCCUUGUCCUUGCCUCCAGGAACCUUGGCCUCCCUUCAGGCUGCCCUCCCUCCCCCAUUCUUCUCCUCACCUGUGACUUCUCCUACCCCCAAUACCUCUGCCGGACACAACCCUCCUUGCUCCACUCUCUUUGUCGCCAACCUCGCCAACCAAGUCUCGGAACAGGAACUCAAGGAAGUCUUUUCUAGUUUUCCGGGGUUUGUCCGGCUUCGCAUGCUGUCCAAAGAUGGUCCUCCCAUCGCAUUUGUGGAGUUUGCCGAUGUUCGCCUUGCCUCGUAUGCCUUGAACACUCUCCAAGGAAUCCCUCUUCUCUCCUCUGAUAAAGGGAUGAGGAUCGAAUUUGCUAAGACUAAGAUGGCUCCUGACAACCCUGAGAGUUUCACCUUGUGUAGAUUAGACAUGCCAGGAACCAUGUACAUUGAUGAUUCCGCAGUGGAGUAUCAGACUGUCAUCAGGAUAUGA